ACCAGCCGGCCUUCUGCCGGGGAUUCUGCUCGUGCACGCCGAGGUCUGACCCCCCUCGUGCAGCCCUCGUGGCCUUCCUCAAGGGCAGGACGAAGCCACGCCUUUCUCUUGCUCAUUUUUCUCUCUGAAACAAUUUUGGGGUGGAGGGCGGGCGAAGAAACAUACACGUCUCAUGUUUUGACGCUACAUCAAGAACAGAGACUGAAAAGAAAUACUAAUUUCUAUGUUCCAGGGUAAUUUUUCUAUUUUAACCUUGUGGCCAGGGGCCAUUCUGAGAAUGUGAUGAACGCUGUGCACCUUCUCCCCCAGACAGCGCCCAGUGGGGUCAGUUCUCCGCCUCUUCCCCGCCCCUCAAAGUAGUAUUGCACACUAGAUCGCUUCCUCCACUCUCUUCCUCUCCCGCGCUGGUCCUGAUGCCCGAACCGGCGCAUCUUAGCUGAACUCAGGCAUCCACUCCACCUAGGCCAAUAGAAACGCCGGGACGCCGCUGACGGGGCCGGGCCGCGGACGAGGCCGGAACUCAGAUACAGGCCCCUGUUGCCCACCGGAACGUGAAGGGAAGGAACGCACCAGGCGGCGGAACGGAAAGAGAGAGCGGGGGACGUGUUUGGCAGAGGGACGGCCUGAUCGUUUGUGCUCCCAGUUGCGUUUGUGUCUUGGCGAUGUUUCCGAGGGUCUCGGCGAUCCUACCUCUGCGCCCUCUCUCCCGCUUCCCUUUAUGCUCUGGAGGCUCAGAGGCUGCGAUUGUGCUACUCGGUGCUCCGCACGGAACGGUCAGGACAAAAAAUAAUGUCCAAAGAAACUUUGGCACUAACAGUGUGAAUUAUAGCAAGAAAGAUGAGCAGUCUGCUCCAACGCAUGGGAUUUCCAAAGAAACAGAGAGCCAAGAGAGUGUAAAGGAGAAUACAAAAAAAGACUUGUUAGAUAUUAUUAAGGGCAUGAAAAUUGAGUUAAGCACAGUAAAUGUACAAACAACAAAGCCAUCCAGCAGAAGACAACGCAAGAGUGUGGAAGCUACAAUUGGCAGCCUUCAAAAAACUCUGGAGGAUGCCCCAAAGAAGAGAACCAAGUCCGUGAGUCCUGAGUUGGAAGCAGCAGCAUCUGCUGUUGCAGAUUUCCUCCGUUUUGAUAAGCAGACAACCAAGUCAGAGCUACUCAGGCAACUCCAGCAGCAUGAGGAAGUCUCAAAGACACAGAAAGAUGGAGAAAGAACUAAAAUCAGCGUCAGUAACAUAAUAUCAGAUAUGAAAGUUGCCAAAUCUGCCACAGGUAGAGUUAGUACAAGACCAGUGCAUCAAAUUCAGUUUGAUGAAGGAACUGACAGUUUGAUGGGACAGAAGACUGAUGAUCUUAAGAAAAGUCUUAGGAAAAAUAUGCUCAAAGGGAAGAGACUUAAUAUUUUUUACCUUAAGACAGUUACCGAAGAGGCACCUAAAACAGAGACAGCACCUUCACUUUGGGACGUGGAAUUUGCGAAGCAGUUGGCCAUGGUAAAUGAACAGCCCCUUCAGAAUGGUUUUGCAGAGAUGAUCCAGUGGACCAAAGAGGGGAAGCUGUGGGAGUUUCCAAUUGACAAUGAAGCCGGGGCACCUGGGUGACUCAGUCAGUUAAACAUCUGCCUUCAGCUCAGGUCACGAUCCCAGAGUCCUAGGAUCGAGACCCACAUCAGGCUCCCUGAUCAGUGGGGAGCCUGCUUCUCCCUCUGCCUCUGCCCUCGCUUCUCUCCCUGCUUGUAGUCGCUCACUCUUGCUCUUUCUUAAGUAGAAAAAUAAAUAAAAUCUUUUAAAAAAAAAAGUUAAAAAAAAAAGUAUUAUGCUUCCCAUACUCUGGUAGGUAUCAGGGAAGAGUGACAAAAAAGCCCAAGGACUUUUCAGUUGUGCAAACCAGAGUACAGAUCUAGCUGUCUCAGUGAUUAGGCAUUUGCCUUUGAGAAAACAAUUUAACCUCCUGAGGUUAAAAAACCAGAUCAGUUUCCUCAUCUGGAAAAUUAAAGGUACCUCAUUGGAAGAAUGUAAGAACUAAGGCAAAGUUAUUUGAGUUGCUCAGCACAGUUCUUAUUGUAUAAUACAUGUAAAUAAAUGUUAGUUCAUGUCCCCUCUGUAUGAACACAGAAUUUUAAAAGAAAAAAAUUAGCAGAAUGCAGUAUGUGGUAUUAAGGGGAAAAUUCCGUAUUUGAUGAAAUGUUCAUGUUCUGAGUCAUCAUAAUUAAAAAUAUGGUUCUAAAACACAAUAUUGAAGUAGAAUAACGUGACUUUUUUCUUUUAAGAUUUUAUUUAUUUAUUUAUUUAUUUAUUUAUGAGAGAGAGAGAAAGAGAGAGAGCGCAUGAAUGGAGUGAGGGGCAGAAGGAGAUUGGGGCUUGAUCACAGGAUUCUGGGAUCAUGACCAGAGUGGAAGGCAGACUCUUAACCAACUGAGCCACCCAGAUGCCCGAACAUGAGACUUUAUUUAGGUGAGACAGUGGUUAGGGGUUCAAGUUUUGAGUGAGUUGUAUGCUUAAUCUCCCUAAGCCUUACUUCCCCUGUCUAUAAAAUGAUGGGAAUAAAAAUAAAAUUUAUUCUUCUUCUGAAUUCAGGUGAUUCUUCUGAAAAUCAAGUGAGGUUAUACAAGUAAAGCAUCAUCAAUCAUCAUCAUCUCUGUUCCUGCCACAGUAUUAUGAGAGGGUUUUACUAUACUGCAAGGAUCUUAAAUCUUAAACUGUUAGUGAGGAUGUGUAUUUUCUAGGAACCACCAAAUAGGAUAACAGGAAAGUAAGGGUUAGUGUACAUUUUCAUCAAAAAUAAAACACUUCAGGGCGCCUGGGUGGCUCAGUGGGUUAAAACCUCUGCGUUCAACUCAGGUCAUGAUCCCGGGGUCCUGGGAUUGAGCCCCGUGUCGGGCUCUUUGCUCAGUAGGGAGCCUGCUUCCUCCUCUCUCUCUGCCUGCCUCUCUGCCUACUUGUGAUCUCUGUCGAAAAAAUCUUUAAAAAAAAAACAGUUCAUCAAAAUCUUGAAUGUCCAAACUCCAAAGAAAUUUAUCUUAAAUUUGACCUGGGUUUUGAACAAGUUUAAUUUUUACAAAAAGAAAAAAAAACA